UUCAUUACGUUUUACUCCAAACAAUGCGCAAUGCUAGGCAACAAAAAUGCUGCACACACCAACCCGCCAGUGCCUUUUGUUGUAAGGGUAAAUUUUUUAAUUAUUUAGACCAUUAUAAUAGAAUGCACUGAACAUAUUAUGCACAAAAUACACGACGUGUACCGACGGUGAUUAGGAGAGAUCAGGCACAUUACCUGGCUCGUUUAAUAAAAACGAAUUGCUCUUUGACAAGAACACGAAUAUAACUAGGGCUGACUGCAACCAACCUGAUACAAGUCUGCACAAACUAAAUCGAAAUAUUGAAGACGUGGAAGAACGAUUAAGGGCUUUUAGUUUGGCUCAUGUCACGCCAAAUCUUGUCAAUUUUACUAGAGGAAGUUGUUCUGAGCACCGUAUACGAAUUCCAAGACUGCCAAAAGAAAGAUUUAAUGCUGGAAAACAAUUUAAUAAUUGACUGAUCUUAAGAAUGCUGCCGUCAUGAGCCUGUUUGGUCUCGACUGUUUCGGAAGGUUGAUUGUGGUAUUGGGGGUCCUAGUGGGUGUUGGAUCAGUUGCUUCUGACGGAAGUUGUGGUCUAUGCUGUCCUCCUAUAUCACAAGAGUAUAAAUCUCGUCUGAAAAACGUCAAGUAUCAACCCACCAUUCGAACGUCUGCUCUUGGUAGCGUUUACAGCAAUCUAACGACAAAGACCGUCUCGAGAUGCGCAUCUGCUUGUCUACAUGAUGAUUCCUGCAAGUCGUUCAACUAUUGCGAAGUUGAAAUGCUUUGUCAGCUAAGCGCUGCUGUAAAAUCCGAGAAUCAUACAGCUUUGAAAUCACCAGGCCGAUGUGUUUACUUUGCAGAUAAGGCUCGAGAUGCUUGGAAAGACGCCCCAAGCCAAGUUGCUGGAUCUCUGAAGCACGUGUCAAUCGGUGAGGCAGGAGUUUGGGGCGUUGAUUCCCAAGACAAUAUCCACUACAGGACGUGGUGCGGAUGCUCCUGGACACUGAUUGCCGACGGCAAACUAAAACAGGUGGAUGUUGGUAAGAACGUAGUAUGGGGAGUAAGUUCGCGUGAUUUGAUUUACUAUCGUAAGGUCUCCUCCAGUAAUCCUAGCUUAACAUCUUGGAUUAACGUUGAUGGCCUUUUGAAACAUGUAAGUGUCAGUCAAAAGGGGCAUGUAUGGGGAGUCAAUGUGGGUAACAUGAUCUAUCAUCGCAGAGACGCGAGUGUUGACCGAGUUGCAGGCAGUGCCUGGAUAAAUAUAGCAGGGGGACUUGUACAAGUCUCAAUUGGUAAUGGUGGUGUCUGGGGGGUCAGUGCAGAUAAACGCAUGUUCCAUCGUGAAGGGACUUACGGUGAUCCAGACUCUGACCCAGAUGGCUCGGCCUGGGAACAUGUUCCUUCUGAAAUCUCAUUGAAGUACGUUAGCUCAGGUGACGUCAUAUACGCCAUUCAUACCAAUGACGCAAUCUACUAUCGCGUAGGUACGUCUGCUGACUCUCCGACUGGCACAGCAUGGAAACAGAUUGGCGGGAAUCUCAAACAAAUAGAGUCAGUAUCGAGUAUAUUAUGGGGCGUUGACGCUGAGAAUAAUAUCUAUACAAACGAUACGUAUUAGCCUGAUCAGUUCUGGUUCCCCAAAUUACAACCUCAACUGUACAAUUAAAACAACUGUUCAAAACUCAAUUCGAUGGUGUGAUAACCUAACUAAAAGCAUACAUCCAUUCAUAACAUAUAAUCGAUGCACGAAUACACAGACUAUAAUAAAUGCAAACUGGUAAAGUGAUGCUGCAUUGAUCUAUCGGUAUUUACCACUCAAAGUGCAACUGGUUAAGGUCACUUUGUGUUUAUAAACAGAGGGUGGGAGGGGAGUGGCAAAUCCACUGGUCGUUGAUCAUGGAGGGUGGCGAGUGGUACUAGUUCACUGGUCCCAAGUUCCGGUGUGUACCAACAGCAACAGCAGGGUUUGGUACCUGUCUUCACAUUAAUAGCUCAAAUCACUUGACCAUCGAUUCGCUGAAAGCUGUAUAAAUGCAUUAUAUGCAGCCUGCCAGGCUCCUGGCUAUACAGUAUAGAUAAUGGGUAAUAAAAAGACCGGUCCCACAGGCCCCGAUAACGAGAACGAAAUACGCCACGCUCAUUCAACCAAUCGAGGGCGUGCUUUUUUAUCGUUCCCGUUUUCGUUCUCGUGGUUCCGAUGACCGGAAGAUAUCAGGCGGAUGGGAAAGCCCCCCUUAUUCGGUUUAUUCAAAGACCUUAGUUUAGUACACUUAGUUUACCACAGUUUAGUUAGUUUACCAUGUUUACCACAAUGACCUUAGUGUACCACAGUUUAUGGCUUUAACAAUUAUUUAUCACAUUUGUUGUAAAGUAAAAUAAAAAAGCCAUGACGAUAUAAAGUAACUAUUUUAAACCAUUAAAGAAAAACCGGAGCAAAAGAAUUGAACUUGUAAACCAUUACACUCUAUACAUGUAAAUGGUCGCACGAUUGCGGAUACGAUUGGCAAAAUGGGGUUUCUGAAACAUGUCCGUUCCCAGCUUAUUUUUGUUUCAGUGUUAAAGGUAGUGGACAUUAUUGGUAAUUGUCAAA